CUUCUGGGAAUUGGAGUCCAAAACUGCUUUUGGAAACGUCAUAAAGCGCGCCUCUCCGAGGAGCACUGUGGCUUUAAGGGCCAGGCCCCGCCUCCUCUCAACCUACGCACGUCAAAGGGAACCGAGAGCAGGAAGCAGAGGCUCGGCGUUCGGUUCCAGGAUGGAACGUUGAGGCGCGGCGGCGCGCUCCCAUUGGCUGCUGCCCCCAACGUUCUAUCCGCCUGACCUUGGCGCACGCGUGUCCGCUGAACGUGUGAACCCCGCUUUUCGGGUUUCCUGACACGCAUCAGCUCGCAGCUCCUGGGGUUGGACAGGAAGGCCUGAGGGGAAGCCAGGGGCGUCUUCCACCCCGGGGUGGGACGAUGGCGGACUUUGGAGCCAAGCAGGGGAAGAGGCGAGACGACAGAGGCCUGGGCGGCCUCGUGGACUUCCUUUUGGCCAACGCCAGGGUGGUCCUUGGGGUCAGUGGAGCAGCCAUCCUGGCCAUCGCGACCCUGGCGGUCAAGAGGCUCAUAGACAGGGCCACCAACCCUCCGGAUGAGGACGACAUCAAGGCCAAGCAGAAGUCCUUGGAAGAGAGCUGGGAGGAGCUGACCUUGAUCAAAUCGGUGUCCAAGGUGCAGCGGAGAGACCUCGAUGAGCCCCUGCUGACCCCCGUCCUGAAUGUGAUCCCAAAAGAACCCGGUGGCUGCCUCCUGUCCCUUGAAGCCUCCUCUCCAGUGGGAUCGAGGCCUUUGCUGUGCCUCACACUUCAGGAGAAACUUCUCUCCUUCUACCAAGACCGCGUCUCCAUCUCUGAAGCCAAAAAGGUUCUGGGGAAACAGUUGGCAGAAGACAUCAGCACCGAGCUGCAGAACUUCCUGAAAAACAAGUCUCCGGACCUUCCCUUUGGGAGUGUGUUCCUGAGUGGCUGCCUUUGCGACGGCCUGGUCGGCCUCAACCGCUUGGAGGUCUCCUUGAUGCUCCCUUUGGUUCUGGAGCCCAGUCUUUGGCGCUUGGUUCCUGGAGAGCAGACGGUGGUGAAUGAUCCCCGUUUUGGGAUGGUUAAACGGACUUGUCUGGAGUACAUCCCCCGUGGAAACAGCCCCUGGGACAGAUUCAUGGUCGGCGGGUAUCUCUCGUCCAACGCAGUCAACGACACCCUCCGUAAGAUCUUGGUGGCCUCCAUCAACUGGCCGGUGAUCGGCAGCAUGUUGGAAUGCACCAUUCGGCCUUCAAUGGCUCCCAAGGAGCUCAAACUCGAGGUGUUGCAUGAACAGGUCCAUCUGGACGUAACCCUUUGCCCAACGGUCAACGCUGGGGACCAAACUUUUGUUGCCGCAACCUUGGAAGAACCUGGAGAGAACCUCUGGGAACAGAGCUUCUAUAUGGCAGAGGUCUCCAAGCUUAAAGACCUGGAUGCCUGCGAUUCUGGCGUCCGGCAAUGUUGCCUCAACAUCCUGAAGGUCAUCUUGGAAGACCAUCCCUUCUGGAGCAGAGUGGGCACCGGUCCCUUGACUCACAUCAUCCUCCAUCUGAGCCAAAAGGAAUUGGACUGGUCUGAAGCCAUGUUGGCCGAGAGGCUUCGGGAUGUCCUGGAGGAGCUGGUCCAGUCCUUGGCCAAGGGCUUUCUCCCAUGCUUUUUUGACAGCAAAGUGAACCUUCUCAGCCAUCUUCUCCCCGAAGAGGUUGAAGAGAUCGGAUGCACCCUCUAUGAGGCCUUGGCAGAGCCAGAUCUGGCCACCGCAUUCAAUUUAUAAAUGAAUGACUUGCAACGAUGACAGCACUGUGGGAGUCAGGUGGCAUGGACGAUGCCUUUCUGUCGAUUCCCCCAACAGCAUUCUUUUGCACCUAAUGAAAUGUAUUAACUUUAAAGAGGUUAUAAACGGACCUGGCUUGGGAAGGACUUAUUUCUAAACUCUGACAUUAGCUCAGUAUUGUGGCUCCUGUAUCCUGUUCUUUUUCUCUGUAGAAACAACCAUCCAAAUGGGAAAAGGUUAAGGUUAGGUUGAAGAAAAACCCCAAAAGGGGUGGAAUUGUGGGCAUUUCGACCUGGUUCCCCUUCCACUGUGAAAACAAAGCCAUUGGGGAACUUUAAUUUGCAGAAUCCUCAAAAAUGACGAUCGAUCCCUAUCUCAGUCUCAAUCAGCUUCCAGAGGUCAGGGAUUCUGGAAGUUGGCAUCCAAUGUAUCUUUGGAGGCUGAAACUUUGAAAUCUGACUACCUUUGCCUCCCUCUUCUUUAUUUGUAACUAUCAGGCAUAUUUGCUUUCAUGCCCAUUUGAGGUGGGAAAAUGCACAGAUUUUGGUAGAAAUUCCACCAUUUCUGCUAAACCUGUUUGUAUUUUAAAUUCCCAUUAAGCCUGGGUAUUCCAGACUAAGCAGCCCUGGGACCGGAGAAUAUAAGUCUUGCAUAUCAGAGACUGGAUACAUGCAUUUCAGUUGGAUACAAACUUUGCCCAGCUUUUUAGUUCAGGAAACGGCCCAAUUUCGCACAGGGCGCACCUCUUCUCUACCUCAGGGGUCUGAAAUUUCAAUUCUUCAUGUAUUUUAUCCUCAUUGAGAGCAAUGGGAAUGUUAGUCAAGUGCCAAAAGGGAGGCUUGAUGUUGGGUUAUUUGUAGAAAUUAGAUGAAUGGGAAGAUUCAAUGGAUCCUCAAAGUCCAGAUUGGUGUUGCAAAGUCUUUGAACCCUGUCUCAGCCUCCUCUGACUCUUAGCUGAGAAGGUCUCAGUUUCUUUGUUGAGUAUUAGCUAUACAUACAAAUGGUGUCCAUCCCUUGCUGCUCUUUAAAGUUGCUGUGAUAGAUAACAAAUCCAGGAGAGAAUGCUCUUCUCUUUCGACUCUCACUUGGAACUCGUGAUCUUGAGCAGCCGAUUCAGAUAUAUUUUGCACAUAUUUUGCACAAUGUCUCUCUUUUCUGUAUUGAUCGGUUUCCAGAAGCAAAGCUAACCCUGUGAUGAUCCUUUCCUUAUAUUUCCUCUGAGCUUUUAAUACGAAAUCCCAGGGCAUCUGGCUAGAAGCAUCUUUUACAAUGAUUUAAAAAAAAUUAAGUUGCUGAUGUAGUGAAGUUGCUUGUCUAGAGAAAAUAAAUCAGCCAUAUAAACGACGGCAACUUUAAGGUAAGCUUUUAUAAGUGAAGGGAUUGCAGCAGAGCCUCCCAGUUGUUUGACUCCAGCUCCUAUCUGCAUAUGAUGAGGAAUGAUGGGAAUUGUAGUUGUAUCAAUGUCAGGGGGUGGUGGAUAUAGUUGUUGCACAUCCCUGUUGAAAUGUAUUUUUAAUCCUAGCCAGCAAUAAUAGGAUCAUGUUGCCAAAAUCAUGCAAAUGAAUUGCUUUUGGGAACCAAAUCUGUGGACACUGGACGCUUCUGGUGGAUGUAAUUUUUCUAAGAAGGAUUGUAUUAAUGAGGGAAAUACUGGUGCAUUUUGGUUCCCUUACUUACAAAGACUGAUGUUGGAAAUGUGGAUGAAAAAUAAAGGAAAACAACAUAUUUGAAAGUUAA